UAGAAAAUAAUGUUAUGUAAAUUUUUAUCGAUAUUUCAAGUAAGUCACGACAAGGCAGUUUUAUAAAUUUAUUAACAAAUGAUUUCACCCGUACGUGUAAAGAAGAAAAUAACAAUUUCGAAAGUGCUAUCACAACUCGUUCAUUGUUUUAGUUUUCAGAAUAGUUUUCAAGUAAUUAAGAUUUGCUGAAAAAACAAUGAAAACUUCUUCCAGUGAGACACAAUCAUUGCUUAAAAUGUCACAAAUAACAGAUGGCACUUACCCAGCAUGGAUGUUUUGGAAGAAAAAGCGCUACGUAGUAGCAAUUUUGGCAUUUUUCGGUUUCUUUAAUUGUUACACUCUCCGAGUAAACCUCAGCGUGGCCAUUGUUGCAAUGACCACAAACAGAACCACCGUCAUGGGCAACACUAUAACCAACGAGAGCCCGGAAUUCAACUGGAAUUCCAAAACGCGGGGUUACGUCCUGGGCUCCUUUUUCUACGGAUACGUUACAACCCAGUUUAUUGGUGGCUGGUUGUCUAUGAAAAUCGGAGGCCAAAAGCUCUUCGGACUGGGAAUAGUCACGGCAGGAUUUCUCACUCUACUAACGCCAUGGGCAUCUAGAACCAGCGUCUAUUUUCUCAUAGUUUUGCGAAUUUUGGAAGGAGUCAGUCAAGGAUUCACUUUUCCGUGCAUGAAUACCAUGUGGUCUAAAUGGGCACCUCCGUUAGAACGGACGAAAUUAGUAACGAUGGCGUUGUCUGGGUGCUACCUCGGGACAGUUGUGGCAAUGGCAGCUAGUGCUUACUUGGCAGAAACACUUGGAUGGCCUAGCAUUUUUUACGUUUUUGGCAGCAUUUCUAUAAUUUGGUUUAUAAUCUGGAUGUGGUUUGUCAGCGAAACGCCGGCAGAAGAUCCGCGGAUAUCGAACACCGAACUAGAUUACAUUUUACAGUCUUUAGGAAGUGUUCCAGAGAAACGUGAGACGGAACAAGCGUUGACAAAAAUUUUGACGUCUGCUCCAGUUUGGGCAAUCAUAAUAUACAGUUUUACAGAUGACUGGGCUUUUUAUACCCUGUUGACGCAACUUCCGACCUACCUUGAAGACAGGUUUGGCUACGAUUUAGAAAAAAUUGGAUUUCUGUCUGGAUUGCCGUACAUUUGCACACUCAGUGUUGUUAUUUUUUCCGGUCAAUUGGCAGACUGGUUACGAAAAACAGACAUUUUUACAACAACACAAGUGCGGAAAUUUUUCACUUGUAGUGCCUGUGUGGCGCAAGUAUUUCUUUUUAUAGCAAUGAGUCACUGUUCUUCGGUUACAGUUACUGUUUUUUGUAUAGUUUUAGGAUCUGGUUUUGCAGCGUGGGGCUAUGCAGGAUAUGGAGUUAAUGGUCUUGAUAUCGCACCUCAACAUGCUGGACUCAUUGUCGGUAUAAGUAACACUGCGGGUUCUCUGGCAGGAAUAUUUAGCCCUAUUGUUGCCGGUUACAUUGUGACAAACUCAGUUGAGCAGUGGAGGAUUGUUUUUUAUGUUGCGAGUGGUAUAUUGUUAUUUGGAGGUGCAAUUUAUUACAUUUUUGGUUCAGGAGAAGUGCAAGCUUGGAGUGUCAAUAGAACGUUGUCACAUGAGCUCUUAAUGACCAAUUCAGACGACGACGACGACGAAUAACAAAAGAGAAAUUGAUUUAUGCACUAUAGGUCUGGUACUCCUUUCAUCUCUUCUCACUCCUUUGAUCUCCAUACCCAUUUCUCUCUUUUCUUCUUCUCUUCUACAUUCUCUUGGCAUCUUACACUUUGUUCUCUCACUCAUUUUUUCUUCAUAUUUUACCGCUCUUUUUCCUGUUUCUGUUCUUAAUUUAUGCUUUUUAGUUUCUUCUCUCACUAUGUGACUUAAGUGGCCUCUGUUACUGCCGAAUAUAUAUCCCAAGUAUUUGAAUUCUUUUAUUGCUAUUUUCGGGUUCGCUGAGUACUGGAAACCCUAGAAAACACGAGAAAAAGUUUGAAAAAUAACAUUUCUGAAGUUUCUUAACGAAUUUAUUUUUAACAAAUCAGUUAUUUUUUUUUUCUUUUGUGUAAUAAUUGCGUGUUUUUAUUGCUUCAUUCACGCUUAGACUGAGUUCUUACACAAUCUCAUUUAUCUUUCCUGUUGCCACAAAAUCCUUCGUUUUUGGUUUGUUCUGGUACUUCAUUAUCCAAUCUUCAUUUCAAAGCUGUUUCACACACAUUUUUUUUUCUUUUUACUUUUUUCUUCCUUGUCCUUGAAUCUGUCAUAUCCCUCACUCGAAAUGUAUUUAUUUCUUGCCAUUCUUUUUCUACUACAAAGCUAUCUUUCUAUUUUGAAUCAUGCUAUACAAUA